UUAUUAAUUCUAUGGCCUUUUUAGAUUAAUUUGUCUAUGGUUGUAAAGUUGUUAUUCACAGAUUCUGUAAUCUGUAUCUGAGUUGUUAUUUCUUCGUUGUUAGGUUCGUGGGUAUAUUUCUUUUUUACUCUGCGAAAACAGACAAGCUUCAUGCUAUCGUACACAGUAGAGAUUAUACAAAACAAACAGUUCUCGAUUUGUAAUUGUACAUAUUUAUUUUCACAAUUGAGAAUUUACGAAGUGUUGAAGACAGAAAUGGAAACAUACUCAAAAAUUUUCCUAGAUGAAAAUAAUCAUCACAGAGUAAAGAUGGAAAUGGGAGAAGCUGAUGAUAGCUAUGAAAAAGGAAGCACAUUUGACUUGGAUUUUCAGUACACACAAUCAGGGAGCUCUCAGGAUAAUAAGAAUGAAAUCAUGGAUAUUGUUCAGCAUUACACUGAUGAGAAUGGAAUGAGAUCGUCUCUUGAAUAUGAAAGAGGACAGUUUGCUUUCAACCAGAAAAGCAAUGUCGAUGGGCAUAUAGAUGCUGUUCAUUUGAAUAAAAGUGAACAUAAAUGUCACUUAUGUGAGUUUGCAGCCGAUCAGAAAAAUAACCUCAAAAUGCAUAUAGAUUCUGUCCAUUUGAAUAAAAAAGAACAUAAAUGUCACUUAUCCAACUGGAAAGUUUACCUCAAAAUUAAUAUGGAUUCUGUCGAUUUGAAUGAAAAAGAAUAUAAAUGUCACUGUGAGUAUCUUUAA